UUCGCCACCCAGCUGAGCCCUCCGCCCCAGCUCCCGCCGCCGCCUGCCCUGGAGCCCCGGUGCCCAGGGACCACGCCACAGCUGCUCUGAGGCCACUCCAUGAAUCCCAAGAAGAAGGUAGACCUGAAACUCAUCAUCAUCGGAGCCCUGGGUGUGGGGAAGACCUCGCUUCUUCACCAGUAUGUGCACAAGACGUUCUACGAGGACUACCAGACCACACUGGGGGCCAGCAUCCUCUCCAAGAUCAUCAGCCUUGGUGACACGACUCUGAAACUCCAGAUCUGGGACACAGGUGGUCAGGAGCGGUUCCGCUCCAUGGUGUCCACGUUCUACAAAGGCUCUGAUGGCUGCAUUCUGACCUUCGAUGUCACUGACCUGGAGUCCUUUGAAGCCUUGGAUACUUGGCGGGAUGACGUUCUGGCCAAGACCGCCCCCGUGGAGAAGUCCUACCCCAUCGUGGUGCUGGGGAACAAGAUCGACCUGGCGGACCGACAGGUCCCUCAGGAGGUAGCCCAAGACUGGUGCAAAGAGAAGGAUAUCCCUUACUUCGAAGUCAGUGCCAAGAACAACAUCAACGUGGUGCAGGCCUUUGAGAUGCUGGCCGGCCGGGCCCUGUCCAGGUAUCAGAGCAUCUUGGAGAACUACCUCACAGACUCCAUCAAGCUCUCGACAGGAAACCAGUCCAGGAGAGGAUGCUGCUGACCUUCCAGAUCCCGCCCUGGACCCCAGAGACUGGUAACUGGGACUCUCGCCCGUCCCCCGGUCUGCCUGUGCUCUGCAGCCCUCGAGCUGGGCCCAGAGCCAGAGGACAAGCACUACCUGGGCGAGUGGUGAGGGCAGCUGGCCCUCAGGACUCCAGAGGGGGCCCACCCGGGAUGUUGCUGCCAGCUGCUGGCCCUGGACUGAUCGCAAUCCCCCUCCUGGCCCGACUCACCUGCCAUCCUUCCUCCCCCAAGAGGACAUACAUCCCAGCUCACAAGCCCCGCCUCUGUUAGAGUCCCUGGUCUGCUGAAUCUGUGCACCCCAGCCCAGCCCACCACACAUCUCCCAGACUGAGCACAGGGUCAGACAGGGGGACAGCCCAACCGUUCAGGAGCCAAGGCCGAAUGAGAGCACCAGUCUCAACGCCUGACCAAAGCACUCCAGCUGUGGGCCACCCUCUGCGCCCCCCAAAAGAUCAGGAC